GUAUCCGGUGCCCCAGCGCAGGGCUACGUAUGGGAGGAGUGAGGAGUAUGUCGGUCGGUGGUUGAAGGAGCGCAAGAUACCUCGGGACCGUGUUGUUUUGGCCACAAAGAUGGGGGAAAAUAACUGAAGAGAGAGAUUUGAUUUUUGUAUUUGUUGAAGGAAGAAUAUUACGUGGAUAAGGAUAGAAAACGCCCAUAUUUUCAUGUAGUUUUCCUCCAUCCAAAUAUCCAAUUGGAGCACAAGAAGAGAAAAUGAUAUCUGCGGACAAAUGGAGGGAAAAUGGAAAAGAAGAGGAAAAUGGAGGGAAAUCUGAUCUCUUGUGUUUGGUCAGUGGACCAUCCGGCCAGAUGACUUGGAUUAGAGGAGGACCCAUGUCUUUGAACACUGAGAAUAUCUUGGAGGCCAUUGAUAACAGUUUAGUGAGACUGCACACUGAUUACAUUGAUGUUUACCAGAUCCACUGGCCCGAUCGUUAUGUUCCAAUGUUCGGAGAAACUGAAUAUGAUCCAAGUCGGCAAUACUCUUCUGUUCCUAUUGAAGAGCAGCUUGACGCUUUAGGCAGAGCUGUUGAUGCUGGUAAGAUCAGAUACAUUGGCCUCAGCAAUGAAACACCAUAUGGAUUGAUGAAGUUUCUUGAACAUGCUAAGAGCACUGGCCUUCGCCCUAAGGUUGUGUCUUUGCAGAACUCAUACAACUUACUCUGCCGCACCUUUGAUUUGGGAUUAGCUGAAUGCUGCCAUCAUGAGAGAAUCAGCAUGUUAGCUUAUAGUCCAAUGGCAAUGGGAAUACUUUCUGGAAAAUACUACUUACCUGGUGGUGGUCCAUCAGAUGCACGGAUGAAUCUGUAUCAAGGGAAAUAUUCAGAAGGUGAAUCUAGAUAUUAUCUCUCAAGUGCCAUCUUAAAAUCAGCUGUUCAGGCAUACGCUAACAUUGCAGUUAAGCAUGGCCUUACUCCGGCAUCUCUUGCUAUUGCAUUUGUUUUGAGACAUCCUCUCCUUGCUAGUGCUCUUUUUGGAGCAACCAAGCCAUGUCAACUCAGCGAGGUUCUCGAAGCAUCUAAGGUCAAUCUCACAGAAGAUAUUUUAGUCGAACUCAAUGAAGUUCAUGCUACAUACACAAAUCCUUGCCCCUGAGGAAAUUUUCUGACCUCCUUUUCCAGGGUUCCUUCUUAACAUCAUAUUAUUUUUAUGCAAAAGCCUUGAUUUAUUCCAUUGCUAAUCUUUCAUUUGAUUAAUUUUACAUCUUCUGGUUGGACAUAUUCAGGCUUUCAAGUUGGACCAAUAGUUAAUCAUAUGGAAGGAAUGCCUGUCUAUGUCUGGAUAAAUUCAGAUCUUAUCGCAUUCAUGCUGCCUGUUUUGAAACUGCUUACAAGUAAUCAAUAAACUAGCUAGUGCGAAUGUAUUGCCUCUGAACAACAUUGACAUGCAGAAAUACUCAUCUUCGAUUUACAUUUCGGCAAUUGAACUUUUGGGCAUUGCCUUAAAUCUUGGAAGCCAAAAAAGGUUUACAUGGAGGAAGCACAAUCCAAACAGUAUUCAAAUUAUCUAUGUAUCAAUCAUAGUUA